GGACGCGGCGUCUGUUAGUGGCUCACACAUGUAAGCUAGCCUUUUAGCAGAGCUGUAUUAACAGCUGGCCAGCUCCUGUGAUUCACUUUGGCAAAUUAUAAACCCUGUCCACCCAGUAAAGUCACAAAGGACCAUCUCUGCAAUUCUGCAUUGUUUUGUCACAAGCGGGGGGCUCCCCCCUUUGAUUUUCAUCAGCACCCACAUGAUUAACUGUUGACUAGAGAAUCAUGAAGGUGAACAAACCCGCACAGGUUAAAGGCCAUGCUAAAUCUCAGAAGUGGAAGGAUGUGAGGGGCAAACGGUGCAGGCCUCCCAUCAGUUCCUCUGAGCUCAACUCUUCUCCGGUCAUGGCCAGGAUGAUAAAAGAGCACCAGGCGUCUGUGAAGAAAAAACCCACCGUCAAGAGACUGAAAAACAAGGCAAAGUCUGUGUCUGAUUUUAAGAAAAACUCUUCGUCUGGACUGAAGAAGUCGUACAGUCAGGCUAAUGGAAGUUCAGUGUUUACAAUGGACAAUGAGUCUGAUGACUCACAGGACUGGAAGGAGUAUUCCCAGUCCAUUCAGGGGAACGGUGUGGAGACCUCGGCGGACGUGGAGGAUGUCCGGCCAGGUAGACUGGAGGGAGACGCUCUCCAUUACUGUGCAGAGAGGGAUGACCGGAAAAACCAUGCAGUGCUUGUCAUGCAGAAGGAGCAGACCCUGUGUUUCCGUGGGAAGUGCUUCCUGACCUGCCUGUAUGGUCGUGUAGAAGUGAUGGGUUUCACUAUUGAAGAAGGCCAGCAGUCAUAUCCGCUCUUCUCUCCAGCCUCGCAUUGUCCGCUGACCAUUAGAGCACUAGAAAGCUCUGAUGGCACCAGAGAUGACAAAACUGAGGCUGCAUCCAUCCUCCAAAAGUAUCUUUCAUCAGCAUCACGGAAAAAGCUGCUCAAAAGGAUAACAUCAAACUCCUCCAUCAUCCUGCUGGAGCCCAUGGAGACGCCUCUGACACGGUUUCUGUCAAGCUUCACUGAGCUCAGUGAAUUGUUCAGCCCCCCGAUGAGUGAACUCAUGUCAGCUGUUCUCGACACUCCUCUUAAUGGUUUGGGUAUGAUUCCCCUGGUCAGCACCGUUGAGGGUCUGAAAACGUCAAAGAGCUACAGAGAGGCUCUCAGCACGGUGGUUAGUGCCUGCAGAGGAGACAUGGAUGGUUGUGCAGUUAUCCUUGUUUGUGGCACCAAGAAUGUGGGGAAGUCAACAUUUAUCCGCACCCUCAUCAAUACUUUACUAAAUCACACUACUAGUGUAGAUUAUUUGGAAGGUGACCUCGGUCAAACAGAAUUCACUCCUACUGGUUGUCUGUCGCUGUCAACUGUCAGAGAACCACUUCUGGGUCCACCUUUCACACAUCAGCGCACACCAGAGCACAUGAUCUAUUAUGCUCAGUCAUCAUGCGAGUCGGACUUAGACCGCUACCUGGAAUCCCUGAAAUCCUUGUGGCGCAGACGCUCCCAGAGCAGAGAGACUCCCGUCAUUAUCAACACCAUGGGCUGGGUCAAAGGAUUUGGAUUCCAGCUGCUGGUGGACAUGAUCCGCUUCUUCCCGGUCUCGCAUGUCGUCCAGCUCUGUCACAGCGGCACCACCCAGUGUCCCGCCCUCACUCCAGAGUUUCUGAGGACGGCGCACGGCUGCCAGACGCACCCGCCGGCCCAGACCGCUCUGGACGAGUUCACAGAGAGCCACACCCCCCCCAGAAGCUACACUCACCUUAUUGUACAAUCAGAGUUUCAAGACGUGGGACGUCAGGGGACAGCGAAACACCAGCGCACUAAUGAGCACAGGGAGCAGUCACUGCUGGCCUACCUGAGUCAGCUGCAGUCUCCUGAUCCUGGACCAGUUAGACCUCUAAACAGCCUCACCCCAUACCAGGUGCCCCACACAGCUGUGGCUUUAGGUGUGGUCCAUUGCGAGGUGGUGCCCAGUCACAUGUUUUACGCUGCCAAUGCCAGUCUGGUGGGGCUCUGCUGCCUGGGGGAGAAAAUAACAAGCAGAGGAGGUCCAGUCCUGCUGUCCCAGGCACCCAUCUGUCCCUGUGUGGGCUUUGGUGUGCUUCGAGGUAUCGACAUGGCACGAGGUCUGUACUUUUUGCUGACGCCUGUUGAUCCCUCCAUCCUUCGUAAAGUCAACUGUCUCCUGCUGGGAGCCAUAUCGCUGCCUUCCUGCGUCCUCACAACACAGCCUGGCUUCGAGGAGGGAGAUAUGCCCUACGUCACUACAGACUACAGUUUUGAUCUCACUGGUGCAGGAAAGCUGCGAGUCUUUAAGGGACUGACGAGACCCAGUCAAACAGGGAUGUAAUGACUUUUUCUACAAAGCAUCAGUUUAUUGCCCUUUACCUUCUCGACUGGUGUCUUUACGCAAAAACCAGUCAGCACUUGCCUUUGAAUGUACAGAACUGAGCUUGAGUCAGGACAGUUUCUUUUUUCCCAAGACUCUGCAGGAGAACAUGGCAGCCUUUCUGUCACUGGACUUGCAGGUGUUCUCGCCACGUCUUAACAACCUGCGACUGUACGUACAUUUGAUGGCGCUGUGAAGGAGUUUUCACAUUUCUGGGUUUUCUGCCACAUGGACAAUAAUAUAUCACACCUUGUAGUUAAAGCUGUUGUUUAAUGUCUCUUCUUUGUAGGUGACAUUCCAAAACUGAAAACAUAAACCUGCCAGAUAUUAAAUGAGAAACGACUUUGGUUCAGAGUUUUGCUCUUUUGUUGCUUUCAAGUGCUUCUUAGACCAGUGUCACUAGUGGUUGUUACGAUUGCUGUUUGAUUCACAGUCAUAUGUAGAUUUCAACCAGGUGAUGGCCGUUUAAUCCGUCUAUCACAGUGUUCAGUGUAGUUCCCAAUUCAGGCAGUAGUUUGUUCAUUUUUGACAUUUGUAUUUUGAGAUAAAAUGUCCAAUACAGUGGACAUUUUUAAAUAUGCUAACUAUGCUAUCACUCAAAUAGAGAACUUGACAAGGCAGAGUUACAGAGGGAUCUUUCACAUGAUCUGUAAAUCUGAUGGAUUUACAAGUGAAAGAAGCCCAUUUUGUCAGUAUUGUUUUUAUAUGACAGUCAAAUGUUUUGCUGAAAUGGUUCUAUUUUUUAUUGCUGACAAACUCUGCUUUAACUGUUGUACGUUUGUUAUUGUGCUAAACGGUCAACAAAAGUGUUGCUGCACUUAUCAUUCAAGAGGUUUUGUAAAUGUUUACAGUUUCUUAUGUAGGCUCAUGUGGGAUAUAAAAGAUAAAAAAAAAUAAAGAUAAUUUUGGUGAUACCUUUUGUGCCACAAGGGGGCAGCAAAUAUAUGUUGAGAUUUUGCUCUGGACAACAGUAGAUGAUCACUUAGCAAAAGUCUCAAGGGCAGGAAAACUGCAAUAAAAAAGACACAAUCCUAUAAUACUGAAGAACUUUACUGUUUCAUAAUGGUUUUAAAAGUAAAUUCAGGUUAAUUUAAGAAAUGACAAACACCAUCUGAGAGACUUGUGUUGCAUGCAGACUGACAUUUACAUUAUCUGACUGGAGGGAUUGAAGGAGGACUCUGGGUCGUAAACAUCCACUCACGCAGUGGAGAAUUGCUAAUUUGUUAAGUGGGCCGUUUUAACAUCCCCUCUCUGCCCCCUCGCCAUUCUUUGUUCGCUGUUCCCCGCCUCUUUAUUGAGGGUGGGUGCAUACAAACACAGCACAGCGACAUUUUGGCCGAGUCAUUGUUUUGGCUUUGUCAGGUCAGAUGUUGCAUGCAAACCAAAGAGAGAUCCCACUGUAGGGGUAAAUAACAACGCACAUCUGUGCACCGUUAUCCAAUGCAACCUUUAAAUUCAGUGCAUUUAUAACCACCAAACAAAAACAAAAACUGCAGAUGCUCUGAGUAAAAAAUAUUGUUCAUUCACUCUUUGGAUUUGUCUGAUGCUGCUGCCACAUAUGUGCAAACUUCAAAUUAAAGCUUAGAAUAUGUUAAACUUAUCUGGCACCAAAGUUGGAAAGAGAAAGCAGGUAAAUAAAUCAAAUAGAGAAUAAGCUGGUAGCCCUAAUACUAUUCAGAAGUUAUUGGUGAUAGUACAUAUAUCAUAUCAUUAUUUGAUCAAUCAAGAAAAUAACUGACAAAUUAAUCAAUUGUGAAAAUAUAUGUUAGUUGCACCUCAAAAACAGGAUACAUGGGCUACAUUUCAAAUAUUCAUGUGAUGUUCCAGCCAGAAUCAGUGAGACUCUGAUCUGGUUAAAGUCUUGAACUUCAACCAAAAAAUCUCAGACGUGUUUUAAUCAUAAGCCUUGUGUUGUUAAUAAACCUUUGAUUUUUCAGUAGUAAUCUGUGCCAUGCUCAUGUGAUGUCUUCCCUCCCAGACAAACAGCUCGCCUGCUGCCUGCAAAGACAAUUGUGCUGAAUAAAGAGACAAUACAGAGGCAGUGUGCCAUUAUAACCACUCAAAUCCCCCUUGUUCACUUAAAAAAGUCAUGGGAGUAGGGGAAACUCCACAAACUUAGUGGACUGUUUGAUGAUAUGGUUUUAUUUCUGGAACAACAAAACAACGGUCCUCAAGACAAAAAUUACCUUUAGUUCCACACAGUUUUAUGAGUAUUUAUAACCCCAAAUUUAAAUGAAAUAAUUAAGGUCUUUAAUGUCAGGCCUUGAUGCAGGGACAUUCUUCAAAAGUCAUUAAAGCAUUAUUUCUGAAGGCAGGAACUAUCUACGUUUCCAGAGUCCUACAAACACAAACACAACAAUUCUAACCUUAACCCAUGUGAUAAGUUCCCUCACGUAUAGGUCUACUGUAGUGAGAGCCAUACGGCCAUCCUGGGGAACAGGAUAACCCAUGUCACAUUAAGUGCAUACAAAACUGGGGAACAUCUUUACCAGGUUCCCACUGUGUGCUAUAUAGCUGGGGAACAUAGGGCCCUGGGAACAUAGGACCCUGGGAGAGCACAUAUGUAGAACUGGGGAACAUGGGAUUCUGGGAACAUAGGGCAUUGAGAACAUGGGCCCAUGGAAGAGCACAUAUGUAGAAUUUGGGAACAUGACCCUGAGAAUAUGGGACCAUGGGAACAUAGGACUCUGGGAGAGCACAUAUGUAGAGCUGGGGAACAUAGGGCCCUUUGGGCGGCUGUGGCUUAGGAGGUAGAGCAGUCGUCCACCAAUCAGAAGGUCGGUGGUUCGAUUCCCGGCUCCUCCAGUCUGCAUGCCGAAGUAUCCUUGGGCAAGAUACUGAACCCCAAAUUGCCUCCGAUGUGUGUGUUUCACAUCGGUGUGUGAAUGUGUUUAGAAAAAAAAAAAAAAAAAGCACAUUAAAUAUAUAGAAUAUGUGCUGUAUGAAUGUGUGUGAAUGGGGUGAAUGUGAUCUGUAGUGUAAAGCGCUUUGAGUGGUCGAAAAGACUAGAAAAGCGCUAUAUAAGUACAGUCCAUUUAC